UUCCCCUGCAGCACAUAGUGAAAGCACAAAUUAUAUAGGUACAUAUUGUUGAAAAUUAGCAGUAUGCCUAAGAUUCCUCAGUCCACAGCUUGCUAACCUAGAAAUCUUCUCCAUUAUCAUGAACGAAAUCUCUUUUUGACUGUCAUCCCACACAGUGAGGCAUAAACAAUUUUCUGUUCUGUGAAUAUUACUCACUCAAUCUGCCUACACAUAUCUCUCACUCAAUCAGCUUACACUUACCUCUCUCACAUCUUGUCACAUGCGAGUUACCUUGUGCAUAGAGUAUGACGGUUCUAUAAGACAUCCAAGGCUUCACAUCCUUUUACAAUGAAACUAAUUGUUGCUUUUGACAUGAUCUUUCAUUUACCAUUCCCUCUAGUUGAAGCACUUUCAUGCAAACUUACACAGUUCUCCUGAACUCAAAGCAGGAAGAAGGUUGGGUUGUCUGCAGAGUAUUCAAGAAGAGAAUAAUUUCCAUGAGGAAAAUCAGUGAGCACGAAUCACCCGUUUGGUACGACGAUCAAGUUUCAUUCAUGCCAGAUAUGGGCUCCCCACAGCAAAACUCACAGUCCAAUCUCACUUACCACUAUCCUUAUUCCUGCAAGAAAGAGCUAGCAUUGCAGUACCCAAUUCAAUCUGAUCACUUCUUUCAGCUUCCUCUUCUAGAGAGUCCAAAGCUUUUGCAAACACCAACCACCAUGAACUGCAACUCCAUGCCUGUAUAUGGCCUUAACAUGAACCAUGGAAGCGCUUUGCAGUGUUCAUCACUCUCCCAAGAAGAACAUGUUCAGCGAACCCAUGAGCAAAACCUUCAUUUGAUCUUUGGUGGGAAUAAUAAUGAGCAGGCAGUAGAUCAGGCGAAAGAUUGGAGAGUUCUAGACAAGUUUGUUGCUUCUCAACUCAGUCAAGAAGAUGUUUCAAAGGGAAAUAGCUACUCAGAUGCUGCAAACGCCUUUCAUGGGGCUGAUCAGUCUAGUAUACUUGUCGGACAUUCGAACGAGCAACAAAUGGUGACAGAAAAUCCCUCAACGUCGACCUCCACCAGUCAAAUUGAUCUCUGGAAGUGAAAACUUAUUGAAAAGUAGAAGAAGACACAGUAAAUAUUGAUCAUAGGAAGUUUCAGUUAUUGAGAAGAACAGAAGUCAUUUUCCUUCAGGUUAAUGUACAUAAUAAAGCAAAAACUAUAUAACUUUAACUGUUUUUAAUCCUCUGGGUAGUCAAAUGUGGUUUCAAGUAAUAUAGAACUAUUUUAGGUGGGCUAUGGAGAUGAGUGUUGCUGCUUGAGAGACUUGGAAUCACAGCUUUGUUUAUAUGUGAUGGGGCGGUAGCCUAUGUUCUGUAUUGUAUGAAUAGUCAACCUGUGGUCUGAUUGCAGUAAGUGUUUACAUUUCUGUAUUGUUAUACUAUUUUUCAUUUCUACAUUCUUUUUCUAGGUAGCUGCUUUC